UAACACUUCUUAUUCUCUUUUAGCUGAGUGAUUUCCCAGUUGAAAAGUUUGAAGGCUCUCAAAACAAACUGCUUAGACACUGUCUGUGUUUGGGAUAUUUCGGCAAUGUUGCUAGAAGAUCUGUCGGGAGAACGUUUUGUACAAUGGACGGGCAUGGAUCUAUAGUUCACAUUCAUCCAUCCUCAGCAUUGUUUGAGCAGGAAUCCCAGAUGGACUGGAUUAUCUUCCAUGAUGUGCUGGUAACCUCCAAGAUAUACGUGAGAACAGUGUGCCCUAUCCUCUACGAAUGGGUCAAGGACUUGCUGCCAAAGUUACACGAGAUUGAUGUGUACGAGCUGAGCAGUGUGGCGAGGGAGGAGGUGACAGAGGAGGAUGUGGCAAAGUGGGAAAUUAAAGAAACGGCCAAAAGACAAAAAGCAGAAGCACAGGGGGAGGCUCUGAAGAAACUGGAGAAGAGGAACGAUGAGAGCUCUGUGUGCGACGCUCGGGCGCGCUACCUGCAGAGAAAGCAGGAGAGGGAAGGGAAGCAGGGGAAAGUGCAGUGAAGAAGGAAACGAGAAGCACAGGGGGGUGUCCAUCUGAGGA